UCAGGACUGAUAUUUUUCAAGACAUGGAAUUGCUUCCUCUCAAUCAUCCAUUGCCAUGCGAUUUUUGUAGCUCUAAUGUGAAACUCUUAGAGAAUAGGAUCAGUUUGAAGCAAUCGAAGUUCUUCCAUUGCGGGAAAAGAAAAAUUUCAUCAUCUGCUACAAAAUCCUUUUUUAGUCAGAGGAAAUCUCAUCAACCAUCUUAUGAAAUCAACAAUUUAAAUGAGAAAGAGGGGAAUAAGCUGCUGAGUAUUCUUGAGGGGCUUGAUAAUCAAAAUUCUAUUAUGACAGGGGAUGGAACUUGCAACUACCAUGUAGUUGAUGGAAAUUUGAGAUUAAAAAAGGUUCCAAAAAUUGAUCAGACUGAAAAAAUUGUAAUUCCAACCUUGCCCAAUGAUUCAAAUGGCAAUCAUGGUUCUCAAAUCAGUAGUUGCUAUUGGGAAUGGAAGCCAAAAUUUUCAGUGCACUAUGAGAAAUCUGGAACAAAAAAUAUUAAUGCACCAGCUGUGUUAUUUCUCCCUGGUUUUGGUGUGGGGGCUUUCCAUUAUGAGAAGCAACUGAAAGACCUUGGUCGUGACUAUAGAGUGUGGGCAGUGGAUUUUUUAGGACAAGGCAUGUCAUUGCCUUCAGAAGACCCAGCUCCUUGUACUCAUAACACCAAUUCUGAGGAGCCACUUACCAGAUGGGGUUUUGGUAAUGAAUCAGAACCUUGGGCCAGCGAAUUGGUAUACUCCGUAGAUCUUUGGAGAGAUCAAGUUCAGCAUUUUGUCGAACUGGUCAUUGGUGAACCUGUUUAUGUGGUGGGCAACUCCCUUGGUGGCUUUGUUGCUAUGUACUUUGCAGCAUGUAAUCCUCAGCUAGUGAAGGGUGUUACAUUACUAAAUGCGACGCCAUUUUGGGGAUUUCUUCCCAACCCCAUCAGGUCACCCGGAUGGUCCAGAGUCUUCCCAUGGGCUGGGACAUUUCCGUUACCAUUGAGCGUGAGAAGACUAACUGAGCUCAUGUAGGUAUUUAGUUUUCUGCCUCAUUUAUCU